GUUUGCUAACCCGUGAGGAGAUCCUGCAGCCAAAGAUCCUUUUUCUCACAGUAAAACACGUUGUACCUUUGAGCCCACGGUGCUGACACGCACACAGGCAGUCUGGGGAGACUCUGCCGCACCGGGUUUGUCUCGGGGAGAUUCCCGGUGUUAUUCAGGAAAAACUGCAAUGCAAUGUAUAACCAAGGGUGGGAAAAUUGUUUUUUAGGAUGAAUACUUUCUUAACGAGAACACAAAAGGUAAGUGUUUAAAUAGCAGACUGCGGAUUAGCUCUUUACAGCUGUUUUUAGGAAAUAUUAACAUUGGAUAUUUCAGAGGUAUUUCCAAAUGUCUCACAAGCGUGAGUAUGAUUCUGAGCUCUCAGGCUGAGCGUUCUGCACGAAUUAGUGUUUAUUAUGACUCCGCGUGUGGUGGUUUUAGUGGAGUGAGAGAAGCUCCGCUUUGCCAUGCUUUGUACCCAAACUGGCAUUCGCAGUGCUGCUCUGCACACCCCCCUGCCUGUGCUUCAAAUGCAGUCACACAUGGACAGAACUGAACUCUGAAUAGAAAUAAAGCGUAUAAUCUGGCAGUUCUUACAUUAGGGAGCUAACUCCGCUCAGCAUUAUUUAAUAUGGUCGGAGGGACAAACUGGGAUGAGCAGCUGUUUCUAAAAUAAUGGCAAAACCUCUCCUGCAACUAAAUCAAGAAAUCCUAUACAAACUAAAAUAUUUGUAAAGCAAAAGAUAUUUUGCUUUUUCAGCAAGUGAAAUGUCCAAGUGUUAAUGACAAUUUUUGCAUAAAUCACUUCACUUGUUCGUAUUAGGUGAUCACUUAAGACAUUUUAUUUUAGUGUAAAGAUCUCUCAGAAAUUCUGGCAAUGAAAUAUUCAAGGUCAGCACUUUCAGAGUGUUGCAGAGACAUUGCACUGGCAGAUUGCAGCAGGAAAAUUUAAUUUUACAUUAUCUAAGCAACCGGUAUGUUAACUUAUUAAUCACAAGGAGUCUGAGAUGUCUCUGUAAAUGAAGAAACCAUCCCAAGUGAUAUCAGGAACCAUGCUGCUGCGUGCAAGGCAGUGUAAGUCUAACAGCUGAAAUCAAUUGCAGCAAUGCACUGAAAUGGAAAAGGAGUUUUUCACUUGUAGAUUUAAUUUCCACCAAAUCCAGAGUAGUUAUUAGGCUGGAGUGAGUGGGCUCAUAAGCAGAUCUAAUGGGGAGAAGGUUUCUCUGCUGCUUCUGGGCAGACUUUGCAGUCAGUGAGGCUGUAUCAGAAGUAUACUGCAUUCCUAAAUGUCUUAUCUGCAUUUUGUUCCUAAUAGCUGGGCUUCUUGUUCAUUCAGUGUGUUGCCUCCAAUUGCUGCCUCCUGGGCUCUGCUAUUGUUAUUGGCCCUGUCUGGGGGUUUCUCCAUUGCUUUAUUUUGGCAGAAUAUUCCCCAUCCUGGGAGAUCCUGCUGGGAGGAGGCACUUUGCUGUGCUGGGAGGAGAAUUACUCCUGUGCAGAGGCCCGGGAAAUUGCCACUCAGCUCCUGCAGCUUUCAGGGAACCGGUCCAUCUGUGCUGCAGCCUCCUGACUCUAAAGGAGGGUGAGAAGCCCCUUCACUCUUUCUUGCUGAACUGAAACAUCAGCCUGUGAGGCAGGGACUCUCUGGGUUGUUGGGCUGGUUGUGGUGGGGAUGCGCAGUGGUGCCCAGGGCUGUAAUUCCCAGGCAGGUGGAGAUGCUGCCCCUUGGAAGGAGGUUUCCACCCUUGAAGUGGGCCCCGUGGAGGAUGCCGCAGAACAGCUCUCCCCUGGGAUACAGAUGCGGGCUGGCUUGUUUCCCAGGAGCUGAAGUGUGCAGGAGGCAGAGGGCGUGAACAAACAAAUGGUUGAAUCCAGGAGCCCAUCUGACAAGAGAUAAAUGUCCCCUGGGCAGGAAAAAGCAGCCUUAUGGCCAAAAAAAAAAGGACAGGCAUUGCAAGGAGAGGGGCUCACGCUCUGGAGCCUCUGCAGAAGAGAUCUUGUGCUGGAGCAAAGCCCCAUGCUUUCCUCACAGACAUGGGAGCUGGAAGGAGGAUUUGGGGGAGCUCAGUCAAAACUGCAAAGAGAUUCAUCCUUGUCAUUCAGCUUGAGACACAACAGAUGUGGGAAGAGAAGUUCUGGGCUGUCUGGCUGAUCACUACUAGCCCAGCACAGUAUUUUGAACCUGAGGGCUUAUCUGAAUUAUGUCAGCUUAAUGGAGAGAGCUGUACCAGAACAGUCAGUGCAGGAGUUAAUUAUUUUGCCAUUAUAACCAGAUUCUCUCCCCAAGCCACAUCAUGUGAGGGAUAGAAUUCUGCUGGCCUUCAGUCUCUUUCCUAGUGUUCAGUGCAGUUUCCAAGCUCCUAAAUAUGUUCAUUGGACAUUGUGCAACUGCAGAUACUGAGAAUUUAAGAUGGUCCUGGGAAUGCUGGCUGCAAUUAAUAGAUGUCAAGGUGAUGCUGGAGUCUGCUUAAUUAAGAGAUAUCUUGGUUUGGACGCUAGAGCUUUGGCUGGGGAGUUUUGGAUACCCAAGGAGGCCGUUGCUGCCCCGGUGGCCCCUGGUGAGCUCUGAGAUAUGUCAAAGUCCAUCUGUCCGCUAAAUCCAUCUCUCUCUGAAGAGGGAGAUGUUGUCAGGUUUAAUAAUAUCAGUUAGUAAUUAUUGCUUGCAGGAAACAAGAGUGCUGAGAUUAGUGUGCAACAUCUCUGGUCCUGCGUGAUUACCCCAUGCCAGAGCCUGAUGUAAGAAGAGAGAAGCUUGCUGCAAUGCCAAGCCACAUUUCAGACCAAAGUCCAGGACUCCUCCCAAGAAAUGCAAAUGAGGGUUGAACUGCUCUGGCUGUAAUGUGCACCAAAUGCCCUGCAACUGCCAAUGUUUGAGCCCUGACAGGCAGGCAGAAGCAAAGUGUGGGGCUCAGGCUCUUCUCUGCAAUCUCCUGGGCAGCAUCUCAGGUGCUCAGGGGUAUUUUGCAACUACCGCAAAACACAGAAACAGUGAUGGGUGCCAGAGGAUGGGGGAAUCAGCAGGGAAGGAAGUAAUGAAGACAGGUAUAAAAUACAUGUCACUGCCAAGAUGUUGUGGACAGAGGUUUCUAGCAUGUUGGUCACUGCUGGCUAUUGUCACCUCUAAAGACAGCCGUUGCCUUUGCUAAAUUUCAAAAAACAGACAGAGAAACUGCAGAUGGUCAGCUACAGGUGUCUGGAGCCCAGCAGCGCAGCAGCCUGGCCCCUGCACCGCCUGGGCACUCGCUCUGCUCCCUGGGUAGCUGUAGCUGUCACAUGUCCCAUCUGCUGCAGCUCGUGCGUUGUGGACAUUUCCUCUUUCAAAAGAGAGCUGAGGGCAGGGACAGACGGUAGCCAGUUUGCUCUGGAGGAAAGGGAACGCUGUCAGGUCAGUGCUGUCCUCCAGCAGCAAGAACUCAUGGUCCCAUUGCCCCAGUGUGGGAUCCUGGAUACUCGAAGCCAGGCGGGUGCUUUUGGAAAGAGUGUUCCUGUCCCGUGGGCUUUUGUAGUAGGGCAGUAAGACCUGCUGGUGCGUUGCACUUGGGACGUAGCAUCUCUCUCUGCUAAUAAGGCAGCUUUAGUGUAUCUGACAACCACCUCUUCAUCUGCUCUCUAUAACCUGGUCCAGGAUGACCUUGUUCCCCCUGUUACAUCAGGCAACACGAGGCAGCUGAGCCCUCAAAGAAAGUGCAUUUGGUUUAAAGCAAGAGUGUAAUCAAGAGCAAGAAUGGGAGAAAAAUAACAUCUGAAGGAUGAGCUCAUCAGUGUAAUGAAGAUGAAGGGAUUUAAAUGCAUUAAGCUGCAGAAGUGUAGGGAAAAACGCGACUUUGCUGCCACAGAGUGCACCGAGCACCUCAGCGUCUGCCUAGGGGAAAAUAAGGCAUUUCCCUCCAUCACACCUCUGCUGAAAAAUAUUGAUAAAAUUCAUCUAAUCCUGGGCAUGGACAGGGCUGCUUAGGUUCAGGUGGUCUAACUCCUGCAUGUCCCCAUUUUUAUGUCUAACCUACACUCUAAUAUUGAUGUUAAACAGUAACUUUUAAUCACUCUGUCCAUGGGACAAACUGACACGACACAGGGAUUAUGGGGGAGAAAUGCAACUUUAACAAGGUUGAGCUUUAUAAAACUGCAGUGGGCAAGCUGAAAUAUAAACCUAGUUUUGUCAUUUUAUGUGUUCAAACAGCUUUGGUGAAGAGUAAAUGCUUCAAAGUACACUUUGUGUUCCCAGAUGAGUCGCACCGAGUCCCUGGCAGUGUGAUAUCCCUUAUCCUUCUCCAUCCCAGCCAUCUCCUGGGGCAGCUUCACUCAGACAGGGCCUGUCUCUGGCCACGGCACAGUGUCACCAUGAGCAGCCCCUUCAACCGCUGCUGGCCCUGAGCAGUGAAUCCUGGAGGAUUGGUAAGGGCUGGCCCAGGAUUUGUACAAUUCUCACCGUUUCUGCUUCCCUCUUGUGGUGAGGAAACAUCCUGAGAGACAGACGUGGUACAGAUGGGUACCCGCGGGCUGUGAUAGACGGGUCUCAGCCAAAUCACUGGUGGGACAAAGCCUGGAUGUCUGCUGGGAAAGGGUGGAAGCUGGCUCUAGCAUGUGAGCUUUGGACAUGAAAUCUUUUUCAGAGCAGCUGAAGAAGUGCAGAAGGAAGCAAAAACACUCUCUGCAAGCUCCUGGUUCCAGUUAUUUACAAUGGAUAUUUGUAGGAUACAUGAAAAUGCCUCCAAAUGCAGUGUGAACACCAUGGAGUGCUUCAAGGUCCUCAGCACACAAGUGCAGAAGAUAAGCAUUGCCACGCUGUGCGGCCUCUUUGGGACACUGUGCGUUUUCGAGAACUCUUUGGUGCUGUACUUGAUCUUCUCCUCCCCCAGGACCAGGAGAAAGCCUUCCUACCUCUUUAUUAGCAGCCUGGCCUUGGCUGACAUUCUGGCCAGCGUCAUUUUCGUCUCCAGUUUUGUUAACUUCCACGUCUUUAAUGAAACCAAUUUCUCUAAAGAAACGUUCCUGCUGCAGCUGGGAGGGGUGAACACGUCCUUCUCUGCCUCCCUGAGCAGCUUGCUGCUGACAGCCCUGGACCGUUACAUCUCCAUUAGCCGACCAUCCGAAUACAAGCUCCUCAUGACAAGGAAGAGAGCGUGGAUAGCCCUGGGGGUGCUCUGGGUGACAUGUGCGACCAUUGCUUCCCUGCCCCUCCUGGGCUGGAACUGCUGCAUGCUCAAUUCAACCUGCUCCGAACUCUUCCCGUUUGUGGAUGAUAACUAUCUGUCGAGCUGGGUCUGCUUUGUCAUGGUCCUGCUGGGCUGUAUCAUCUACGCCUACGCGCACGUGCUAUGGAGGGCUCACCAGCACGUUGCCUACAUGGAGAAGCACCAAGCGCAGGUGGGAAAGCAAAACACCAGGAUGAGGAUGGAUGUCAUGCUGGCCAAGACCCUUGUCAUGGUGCUGACUGUCCUCAUUCUGUGCUGGUCUCCAGUCCUCGUUCUCAUGAUCUACAGCAUCUUUGCCAGGCUGAGUGAUCACCUGCGCAAGGUCUUUGCCUUCUGCAGCACCCUCUGCCUGCUCAAUUCCAUGGUGAACCCUGUUAUUUAUGCCUUGCGGAGCAAGGAGCUAUAUUCCUCCCUGAGGAUGGUCUUUUCUCAGUUCAGGAGGCAGAUGAAGGCCUCAGAGGACAGCCCAGAAGCAGAGAGCACCCACAAGUCCUCUGUGAUAGAGACUGUCUGUGAGGACACGCGCGCAACGUAGGGAGGCAGCCAUGGAAAGUCCAUGCUCGGGCUGGCAGAAACAGUUUGGAUCACUUUUUCUUUUCUCUUCUUAUGGAGGUCCUGGGAGAUGAGGGAUGAUGGAGCCAGCUCCCACUGAUGUUAUUCUUAGAUACUGGGACAUAAAAUGCACAGACUUACACAGGCAGCCAGUCCCUGAGCUGCGGAGAUACUGGUGCCACGUCAGCGUGGCAGCCACGAGGCAGUGGAUAACACCAUGCCCCAGAACAGCAGACCCUUCGAGGCAUACAGGACCCUGCAGGCAGCAUGUUUCUUUCAGCAAAUUUAAGGAAAGCUAAUCUGUGCCAUGCAGGCUUUUGUUGGAUGUUAUGUGAUUAAACAUUAAAGCAAUUUUUCAACCUUUUCUUCCAUUAACCUCCAGGGCACAAACUCUUCCAGACAACAGAUUUUAAGCCCAAGAUGGGGCAGCUAUUCUGAGCCUGAGGAACUCGGUAAAUUUCUUUGCAAAUUACACAAAAGCAGCACCUUUAGCUGCAAAACCUGCAAGGAGAGCAGAGUGGGACGGGGCCCUUUGCCAGUGCCCCAGAGAGCAGCAGGGCUCCUGCCAGCUCCCAAAACACCUCUGGCGGGGAUGAACCUGGCUGGGCUGCCCAGGGCACAGCCACAAGGCCCUUGGACUCUGCCCUGUUUCCCCAGAGGAUGCACCCAGCCCUCACGUGUGGGUGUUGGAGCCAGGCCCUGGACCUGCUCUGGCUGCCUGGGAGGGCCAGGGGGAGAGUGGUCUCAUGGUGGCCAAGCUGCUGUGGGGCCAACCCCAUGGGCUCUCUCCUGGCCGCUCAUGGGAUGGACACAGAGACUCAAACGGCAGGAUGAAGCACACAGGCGGCUACAGCGGGGCAGAGCCGGGCUGGGAAGGAGGGAAGGAAGGAGGGAGGGAGGGGGCCGCCAGCCCCGCUGCCAGGCGGACCGCAGCCUCGAACCGGUGGCCCCUCCGAAGCAACGGUGGCUCCUCGCCUUUGCCUCGGUAGCCAUGGCGGC